AGUAUUUUUAAUCUACUUUCGCUUAAGCGGAACAUAAAGCUGGCGCCGUCACUGUCCGUGUAGGUAAGACAUACGCAUCUUAAAUCCACAUUUUCAUGUGAUUCGAUGCAUGAAAAUCCAAUAAUAAUCCUCACCAAUUUAUAAUGGGACUGAUAAACCCUGAUAAACGGAAAGAAAUCAUCGAAACCACCAUAAAACUCUGUGUUUCUAUGAUAAUCUCCCAGAACGCUCAUCCAUUCAGCUAGUGAAGACCGAACCAACCAGAAUGCUGUGGCUUGUAAUCAUCAGCGUGUUAUCCAGCGCUUUAAGUGAAUACGCUGAAAAUGUGGAAGAAUCUGGCUCCGUUCUGAGGCAUGUGGAGAGCAGGAUUGUUGGAGGAUGGACGGUCAACAUCAGUGACCAUCCUCAUCAGGUGUCGCUUCAGAGCUGGCACAGGCACAGUUGUGGAGGUUCUUUAAUCUCUCCUAAUUGGAUUCUCACUGCUGCCCAUUGCCUAUCCGGUGGCGUGCACAGAUACAGCUUCCGAUUGGGGAGCGCCUUGUGGGCGGAAGGUGGCACGUUGGUGCUGGCCACCCAAGUAAUUCCUCACCCUUUGUAUAACAGUUCAACUAUCGACUACGACGUGGGCUUAAUCAAGCUGGCCAACCAUCAAGAAGAAGUCAACAACACCAUCCAAUAUGCCACUCUACCUCCAGAGGAUUGGACUCCAACUAAUGGAUCGAUUGCUUCGGUAACUGGUUGGGGCACCCCGUACUAUGGAGGAUCUUUGAUGGACGAGCUUCAGCAGGUGAAUGUGCCAAUUGUCAGCAACGAAGAAUGCGAAGAAUACUACAGUGCUCUGACUGCAGCGUAUUCAAUUUACAUCACAGACAGAAUGUUGUGUGCAGGAUAUCCAGCAGGAGGAUACGACGCCUGCAAUGGCGACUCCGGAGGUCCAUUGAUAGUCGAUGGUUAUUUAGCAGGAAUCGUUUCCUGGGGUUAUCAGUGUGCAGUUGCCAACUAUCCAGGCGUGUAUUCCAGUGUUCCCAGUCUCUUAUCCUGGAUCAAGGAAGAAACUGGACUUUAGCAGUUUUCAAUUUAUGUAAUAUGGAUCAAACCUCACAUUAAACAGAUGCAUUUUUA